CACCAAGUAAGGAUAAUAAGGAUGUAUAUAUGUCUCAUAAACAAAAAUAUGGUAUUCAUUUACAAGGAGUUGUAGAUCAUCAAGGUUUUUUUAUUUCAUAUGAAAUUGGAUGGCCUGCAUCAGUUCAUGAUGCAAAAGUUUUUUCAAAUUCAGAUAUUUUUAAAAAUUAUAAAAAUUAUUUUAAGGAUGAAGAUUAUUUAAUAGCUGAUUCAACUUACCCUUUAUUUCCAUGGACAAGAGUUAUUGUAGAACAAGCUUUUGGUCAUUUAAAAGCUCAAUUUUCUUUUUUAAAAGAAAUGAGAAUUAGAGAUACAAAAAAAGCAACUGAUAUUAUUGAUAUAACUUUAAUUUUACAUAAUUUUAUUGAAAAACAUAAUGAUAUUUGGGAAAAUAAUAAUUUAAAUAAUGAUGAAAUAGAAUUAGAACCAAAUGAAGAUAAUGAAUUAAUUGAACAAGUAGUAGAAGAUAAUAAAACAAAUAGAACAGAAAGAGAAUUUGCUAAAAUUAAACAACAAAAUUUAUUAGAAAUUAUUUUAA